UUGGUUCUCUUGUAUUGAUUACGUCUCUUCCCAAGCUACACAACUUUCAGCAGUGAUGGGGACGCUAGGUGCUAUGAAUUCUCUGUAGCGAUGGAGACACCAGGGUACUCGAAUAUCACAAACUGAAUCAUUUUCUGUUAUGUGUCAGCUUGUUUAACUUCAUUUUACAUUCGUCGUCAACCCAAUUUUAGUGCUCAUGGCACCUUCUCAACUAUGCAUCACCGUAAGAAAAUGCGUCAUCAUCAUCGCUUUGUAGUUCACUGCCGUCAUCCUUCCUGACCAUGGAUUAUUCAUAUUACCGAUGUAAAUACAUCGCUCUCCCAACGUCACUCCAGCGCUAUACCUAUUGCAACUUUGCAAUCCCCGAAAAUAUGAUUAAAUAUCAAACUCAUCAUACCUUUUCGAAGUCAUUUCUUUGGUAAGUUUGUGAGGUUCAUCAUAUGAUUUAAGAUCUUUCGGAGGGUUAUGAUUUAUAUGCACACUCCGCUGAAAAAAAUACAUAGACACGCCUCACAAUGUGACUCAAGAGUCUUGAGUCGAGACGUGAUCACAGUAUGAUUCAUCAAAGAACGUUUACUUGUCAUAAUUCAAGUCAUGAACAUUGCCUUUUUCCGAGUAUUUAAAGGUCUACUUAACCCUUCUACUCCUGCUUCUUCUUUUUUCAUUCAAAACAUUUCGUGAAUUUCGAUACAUCUUCAGGACUUACUUCCCUUUUCAUUCUGUGAACAAACAAACGAACAUAUCCACACGGGUCAAAGAUUAAAGCACUUCGCUCUAGGACCGCGUCCUCAAAAACAUUGUAAGUGUUGCAUUUUUGGGAAGUGCAGAGUCGUGAUUAACGUGAGCAUGAGCCGAAAAUUAGACGCCAUACCAAUACAUCGGAACUGCAUCAACAUUCGGUUAUUUGAACACCGUACACAUUCCUCUAUUCCUCCCAAAAGAGACCCAACAAUAAAAGGCAGCCUGUGACCUUCUCAUACCGGAAACACCAUGACGAGUCCCAGUCCAACAUUCCUGCUCGAGACUCAAGCCAUCAUUCCAAUUUCACCACGAACUGACAGACGCGAGCAAACUGGCAGGCACGCGCAAACUAUCAGACACGCUGACGAUGUAUAUUUAAAGGGCGCAAAGCGUAUGCUGGACCUCUCAGGCUCCCGUCCCCAAAUAUAUGUAGACAUCAUAGCCAAAGAACUAUACUUUCGAGAGCUGGCAUUCAUCGAGUCGGCCGAUGGAAAGCUCUACGUUGCUCUCCCUCAGGAACUGGUCAAAAACACUGACUUCUGUGGAAGGAAUGGAUGGCAAAAACGCGAAGAAAAAAAAAAGGUAUUUGAGGGAAGGCGCAGCGAAUUGGAGCUUUGAAAGUUGGAACGCUGUUAGCUAUAAUGACCCUAAGACGUUGGAGAACAGGUUGCAAGAGGCUCCGCAAGGAUUUAAAUACGUCAAAGUUCCAGAUUAUUGCACUUGGUAUGAGGAGCUCAAGAAAAAGGAGAAAGAGAGAGAUUGUGUUGUCUCGUUCGUGGUUGUCGAAGGGACCGUGGAACAAAAACCGGCACAAGUCUUCCAAAUUGCAGAAUUGGAAAAAAGAGUCAUCCAUAAUCCGGCCGCUCGAGUAAUCUGGUAUCAUCAUCGCGGCGUUUGGGCGUGGCAGGGGUUAGAUAUGAGAACGUGGUAGAGUCAUACCAUUGAUGAAAGAAUCCGAAAUGCUAAGCAGGACCGUUUAGAGGUAUGAGGUUGGAUUAACAUAUUCUAAGGAAACUUUCCUUUGAAUACAAACUCCGUUGAUGUUCUAUAAUCGAUGCAGCUCCCAAACUAUGAAUGUUUUCAUUGUGGUGCAAGUAAAGCUAGCCAUCAACUUGAUGGCAGACUUCUAUACGUUUUUGCACUGCAGGGUGCUAAAUACCUAGGUCGAUCUUGUAUCCCAGAGCGACACUGUCUAUACUCGCUUGGAUGCCACACCUGCAAUGUCUAGAUAAAUCUUGAAGCAUCUCAAUA